UAGGAGACGGCGACAUAGAUGGGGGCAAGGAGAGAGGGAGGAGGGGUGGGGUUACCGGCGCUGGGAUACGGACUGAAUAGAGUGGGUGACGGAAUAGACGACAAUGAUGACGACGAGGCGGCCCGAGGAGAGGGAAUUGGUGAAGGGGGAGGGAUCUUACGGCGGCAAGGACGGGGGAAAGGGGAAAGGGGAAAGGAGGAGGGGGAUCAAGGGCGGCGGGGAUACGAGGUACGACGACGGACGGACGGACGGACUGGCUCUGUACGAUACUACUAAUUCUAUUACUUGCCCUGCCUACCUACCUCUAUGUCUCCUGCUUUGCUCACCCUCCCUCUGCCUAAUCGUGCUAACGUCUGUCUUCCCUCCCUCCUGGCGCUACGCCGCGCUACCCGUACGGCGUCCGCCCGGUGGCGUGGCGGGGCGGCGUGGCGGGGCGGGGGGAACUAGUGUUUUACUCUUGUCUGUCCCUUUUCUUCUUUUUUCUCGAGUCCCUUCUCUUUUGUUUCUACUAGUUCCUUCCCGCCGCCCACGCACCCACCCGCGUCUCCCUCCCGCAGCCUUUCUUUCUUUCUUUCUUUCUUUUUUUAUCAGGCUUUUUUUCUUUCUUUUUUCUUUUUUUUUUUCCUUCGUGUGGAGCGAGGAGCGGGACGGGGUCUCUGGGGCAGCAGCAGCGGAGGACGUGUGCGCGUUGCGGGAUAGGGAGGGAGACGAGGACGGGGCGGGCUGGAUGGCGGCGUAGGGUGCGCGAGCCGCCUGCGCGUGUGUGCGGGGACGGGGUAGGUAUAUUGGGCUGGGCGCGGGGGGUGCGGGGGUUUGAGCCGGGCGGCGCGA